CCGAACCCAAACCAGACCAGACCACGACGAGAGGGGAGCAGACGGCGGCGGCGGCGGCGGCCAUGGAGCUGUCGAUGAGCGGCGGCUCGCUGCGGACAUUCGCCCGGUGCGUGACCUGCCUCGCGCGCGUCGGCUCCGAGCUCGUCCUCCAGGCCCACCCUGCUAAGCUGGAGCUGCACACGCUGAACAGCUCGCGGUCAGCGUACGCGUCCGUCUCCCUCGCGCGCGGCUUCUUCGACCAGUUCCACCACUCCCCGGGCUCCUCCGGCCCCGCAGCUUCGGCGCCGUCGUCCACGCCGCUCCAAUGCAGCGUCCUCCUCAAGUCUGUGCUCUCUGUCCUCCGCACGCCGCCCGCCGCGCUCGACCAUGUCGCCGUCUCCCUCCCGCACCCCGACGCGCCCAAGCUCCAGAUCACCCUCCACUGCCUCAACGGCAUGAGGAAGACGUACUGGAUCGCGUGCAACGCGGAGGCCGAGGUGCAGACGCUGGCGCUCGACCGGGGCCGGUUCCCUAGCCAUCUCGCCAUCCGGCCGCGGGACCUCGCGCGCCUGCUCUCCAACUUCCAGAUCUCGCUGCAGGAGCUCACUGUCAUUGCCACCGAACCCGCUGCAGGGCUGCCUGAUGCCGGCGGGGACGUGGGGGGAAAGGCAGUCGAGCUCCGGAGCUACAACGACCCGACAAAAGAUGACUGCGACACGAGGCUACACACGCAACUAUGGAUCGACCCUGCAGAAGAGUUCGUGGAGUAUGUACAUACUGGUGAUCCGGUGGAUGUCACCUUUGGGGUAAAAGAACUUAAGGCUUUUUUGACAUUUUGUGAAGGAUGUGAGGUUGACAUUCUCCUAUUGUUUGAGAAGGCUGGCGAACCUGUUCUGUUGGUUCCAAGAUUCGGAUCGGAUGAUGGAUCAUCUUCUGAUUUUGAUGCUACUCUAGUUCUUGCCACUAUGCUUGUGUCACAACUAACUGACAACAAUGUUGCCCAGCAGCCAGCUACUUCAGCACAGCAUGCAGAAGAACCAAGGGCUGCUGCUACACCAUCACCAGUUCCUGAAAAUUUCUCGAACCAUACUAAAAUAUGGUCAGAGCUCUCAGGUAGUGCUCCCAAAAGCUUUGAAGCUAACAGAGAAAUACAUGCCCAGAAGGAGAGAAAUGCAAGUGCUAGUCUGCUGAAUCACACAUCAAUGCUGCCCAGGGUUAUAAAUGCUCCCUGCAAGCCACCAGUCGCAGAUUAUGCAAAAAAUAUAAUGCAGCCUUUGCAAAUGGAUCACUUGGAAGAACAUCCUGAAGUUAUCAGUGCUACCACUCGGUCCCAGCAUCACCCGAGCAAUUGGGUAGGUGCUGAUGAUAAUGAUGAUGACAAUGAAGAAGAUGAGGAGCUUUUAGUCCAAACAACACCUCACUAUAUGGACUAAGGAUAAAUGCUGAUUCUGAAAUAUGUAGGUACAUUUCAGCGUCGCGCGUUGUGGACGAAUUAGGAACUAGUUGACGGUUUGUUUGCUCUUAGUUCUUGUAGGCAAGGAGUUUACUAUUUCGAGUAAUUUUCCCAGUCAUGUAACACAGUAACUAGUUUUAACUAUGUAUUCAGUGUGAGUUCCAUAUUUUUUCAUAACAUAGAGAUAUAUUACAGGUGACUUGUUCUCAUUCGCGUAAGUGGCUCGCUUAUUA